AUGUUCCAGGCCAAUUGCCUACAUGUCUCUCAAAAGGAAUUGACUCACGUCGCAAAGGCAUUGUCAACCAAUGAUAAGACCAGCGGGCACCGCAUUGGUAUAAACCCGUGCGGGCAGCAAUCAGCCCCAAAACCAGCAGCUCCGACUCAUCCCCAACUUCCACAACCUCCAACCUCCCCAAACCACCCAGUCCCUCUAAACAACCAGAAAAAAACUCAACAGCAAAAGAAACAAAAUGUCAGACUCAAAAGAAACCCUCCUCGGCAACGAAGACCCAAUCGACCCCCCACCAGCCUACGACCCUCCCAAACCCGCACGAGGAACCCCCUCCCCCGCCCACCACCACUCGCCCUCCCAGUCCUCAACGCUCUCCGCAAUAAACGCGUAAUCCUCGCCUCUCAAUCGCCCCGCCGCCGCCAAAUAAUCUCCUACCUCGGCCUCCCAAACAUUGAAAUCAUCCCCUCCAACGCAGACGAGAACCUACCCAAGACCCUCACACCCUUCGAAUACGUCCUCGGCACAGCAACCAAAAAGGCCCAAGCCGUCUACCAACAGGAAAUCGACAACGAACUCGCCGGCGAACCAGCCCUCAUCCUCGCCGCUGACACAGUCGUCGUCGACGUCGCGUCGGGGAGUAUCCUGGAAAAGCCGCGCUCAGAGGCCCACCACGUCUCGAUGCUGCGGUCGCUGCGUGACGCGCGCGAUCACAAGGUGUACACUGCUCUCGUGGCGAUGGCGCCGUUGGCGAGUGCGCGACAGCCGGGGUAUGCGAUAGAGUCGGUGGUUGAAGAGACGAAUGUGCGAUUCGAUGGGGAUGUGACGGAUGAGUUGAUCUUGGCGUAUGUGCGGACGCGUGAGGGCGCGGAUAAGGCUGGGGGUUAUGGGUUGCAGGGGUUGGGGUCGAUUUUGGUGGAGAAGAUUGAGGGGACGGCGGAUAAUGUUAUUGGGAUGCCGCUUAAGGCGACGUUGAAGUUGAUUGAGACUGUUAUGGCUAAGGCGGAUGAUGAGGAUCGGUUACCGGAUGAUCCAGUGUUGAUGGAGGCGGAGGAGGAUGAGGAUGAGGGAUUGGAAUGA